AUGUACACUGGUACCUAUACCGAAGACGCGCAACGGCACAAGGACCCUUAUCCCGAAAUCCUCAAGCGCGUCACGUCCGAAGAUCUCCAGCUCCAGCUGAUGCUACUUGGAGAUUUCCUUGGUGCGGCUGGCCAAGUCCGUAGUGUGACUGCAGUAUGUUUUGACCAUGUCAAGGAAUCUGCAGCCCUGUACACGGCGGCAGAAAGGUUACUGAUGCCUGAACUCAAAAUUCUCAGUCUGCGGCGGUUUGGCUUCUUCGCAUGUCUGCUAGAGCAGUCUGGACUCGAACUGGACUCAGGGAACGUCAGGUGUCUCAGUGACAUCGUGAGAAUCAUUUACUCGGGUACUACAAGCACCGACUUGGCCAUUAAGGAGCCUCUUUGUCGCAUCACCAACCAUUUCAUGAGCAUCAACAAGCGACAGGCUCUAUAUCCAAGGCUGGACAUGCAACGCCUGCGACCGAUCAUUCGCACCAAACCAGAUCUGGAAACCGAGCAAACCUCGCAGCUUGCAGUAGAUGCGAGAGACAAGAGCCUUCUUCAUCUGGGAAAGCCAGUCCGCCGUUGGUGCUGA